UGUUGCUGUUUUGUUGUAUGAAGCACUACAGUUUCUUUAUCCCUUGUGGUUUCUUCAGUGCAACCUUGGACCAGUGAUUGUGCAAAAUGAAGGUCGCUUCUUUCAACAUUCAGAAAUUUGGUAAAACAAAACUCUCUGAUCCAUUCGUGCUGAAAACCCUGGUUAAGAUAGUGUCACGUUAUGACAUCAUUGUUAUUCUUGAGGUGGUGGAUUCCAGCGGAGAUGCUGUGGAUAAGUUUCUUGAAAAGCUCAAUGGGUCUAACAAAUCAAACCAUUACACCAAAAAGAUCAGCACACGCCUGGGACGAGGAAAUUACAAGGAACAAUUUAUGUUCCUUUACAGGGACAACCUGGUGGACUUGGUUGGGUCUUACCAAUACGCAGACAAUCAGCCUGGAGACGAGGAUGCAUUCGCCAGGGAACCCUACGUUCUGAGAUUCAAAUGUCAUGGAACAGUUAUGAAAGAUUUGGUGCUCAUACCUGUCCACACAAAGCCUGAGGAUUCAGUAAAGGAACUGGAUGAACUGUACGAUGUGUUUGAAGAUGUGAAGAAGAAAUGGAAGACUGAUAACAUCAUGAUUUUGGGAGACUUCAAUGCAGAUGGCAGUUACGUGUCUAAAAAGGAAAUGCAGAAAAUCCGCAUCCGGAGUGACAAAAACUUCCACUGGCUGAUCGAUGAUGAUGAAGACACAACGGCUAACACCAAAAACGAUAAUACUUAUGACCGGAUUGUGGUGUAUGGAGAUGAUAUGUUGGACGCUGUUGUUCCAAAUUCUGCAACACCGUUCAACUUCCAGAAGGCCUACAAAAUAAAAGACGAGGAUGCGCUGAAAGUGAGUGAUCACUACCCAGUAGAGGUGGAACUCAAGCAACUGCAAAAACGCAAACGUAAAUGGUCUUCAAUGAAGUUCAGACGGAACACUGUAUUUCCAAGCAGCUAUGCCACAUGUCUCUACCGGCACCAGGUGUCUGGCCCGGUCCAGUGGAACCUCCACAGAACUUACUGCACCCAGCAGCAGAGCCCAAAAGAUGAGCAGAGUAAAAUGACUGCUGUUAAAGAGCGUACAGCAUCUGCGUUAACAUAUGCAGGAGAACUGGGGCGACAGUGGGGACGGAACUCUGUUAGAACCGCAACAGCGACCGUCAACUACUGGUGGGGGAAGUACGAGGAGUUUGUUGGACUUAAUGAAGUCCGAGAUGCUCAGUCCCAGGUCACUGAGGGGGAGAAGGCCUUCAUGAUCGCCAGAGGAAUCGUAAGAGAAGCUCACGGCAGUCUAGAAGCUCUGCAGGUUCGUCUGAAGGAAGUGAGGGACCGUCUUGACCGCGUGUCACGAGAGGAGGCACAUUACCUGGAGUUAGCCACUCUGGAACACAAGUUGCUACAGGAAGAACGACGUCUCAGAACGGCAUAUGAGAACGCAGAAGAAGCAGAGCGAGAGAAGUUUGCCCUCUUUUCCGCUGCUGUUCGCGAGAGCCAUGAAAAAGAGAGGACCAGGGCAGAGCGCACCAAGAACUGGUCCAUCAUCGGCUCUGUGCUGGGCACUGUUAUUGGUGUGAUGGGCUCCACUUACGUCAACAGGGUGCGCUUGCAGGAACUUAAAAGCUUGUUGCUGGAGGCCCAGAAGGGACCAGUGAGUCUUCAAGAAGCUAUCAAGAUCCAAGCCAGCAUGCACAAAACCCAACAAGAUGAACUCGGCAACCUCAUCGAAUCACUCAGGGCGGCUGUUAAAGGCGGUGUAGAAGACGUUAAAGCGGUCAAGCCAGCAUUCGCCCCGCCACGGACGCCAGCCUUCCCUGUAGUCCCACCUUCUACACCCAGUGUCUCAGAAGAAGCUAUCAAAGAGAUUCUACAACACAGCCAAAGAGCUCAAGGGCUCAUUGAAGACCUUAAACCACAGCUGGAGCACCUGGAGGAGAAUGUAGGGAAAGUUGAGACUGAGCUGCAAGCUGUGAAGAUGUCCCUGCAGUCUCGUCCCGUGGAGAAACCAGUCAUUCAAACCCGAGACACGAAGCUCUUAGUGUGUGAUACUGAGAUAGUCAUCCAAGGCCUUGAUGAAACAGAGAAAAGACUUGAGGCGCAGAUUAACAAGACAAGUCUAUACAAUACAGUCCUGACAUGUGCUGCAUUUGCAGUGACCGUGCCAGUUUUGUUCGUAAUGUUGAGAGGUUCUUGAAAAGUUAUAAUAAAGUGUGCACUUUCUGGGGCCAUUUAAUAGACUAGAGAAUCUGAAAUAGAAAAUGUUAUAACUUGUACAAAUGUUGUCCAAGAUUAUUCAAACACUGUUAUAAAAGAUUAAUUAAAAUUGUCUCUACCAAGUAUAAUUGUUUUAAUAUUUUUUAUGUUUAAUUCUUAGUGAAGAACACUAAAAUAUAAUAGAUCUUAAACAUUUGUCGCAAAUUGGCCCCACCUAGAGGUUACG